AUGGCUGGUACGAGGUUGAAGUCCAAACCGGGUUUCAUGCUCCUCAUGAACGAGAUGCUGAUCCCACAACGGGCCGAGCGCCGCAGACUUAUCUCUGUAGAACUCCUCCACGAAAUCGAUAAGCUCAAUGACAGUAAUGCAAAACCUAAGAGAAUACUGCGAGCACUCCGAAGACGGGGGUUGCUGAAGGGUAUCAAGAACACGCUCAAGUGUAUCAACAGCAGGCUCUAUCAAACUCUGAACCGUUCGAAUGCUUCGAACUCGAGGCCUCGCAUCACUGCCUACUGCAACGAAAAGUCCACCAUCCCCGACUGUAUGUGUCCGCCAUCUAAACAAUGGCCCGUUGGUGAUGACCUCACUGCGAGUGUUGAUGGUCACAAUCUUGCUACAGAUGCUGAUGAUGACGACUUGGCUGCAAAGUUGGAGUGA